UAACUUAAUGUACUUUUAUAAACCUUGUUAGUUAUGCUUUUUAUUUUCAAUAUGCAGCUACGAUUUAGCUCAAAAUAUUUGUGCAAGCAUACUCUGCGCAAGCAUUUAUCUACUGUUAAUUCGUAACCUAUAAUAUUUAGUUUCAAUCAGCAUAGCAAAAGUUUACUCGAGAUUCACUAAGUACGCAUAGAAAACCAUGUUUGAUGAGACUUUGAUUUUUUUUGUUGAUUAUUUUUACAGAUCCUUCAAACUAACCAAGGCACAAGCGUUAUUGCUUUUAUCAUGUAUGGAGAGAAACAAAGAACUAGCAAAAGGCAAAAUUGUCGAUCCGGUAAAAGAGAGACAGUUGUGGACAGAAAUAGUGGUAUAUCUGAAUGCGGUUGGCGAGGAAAAGACUGUGGAGACUUGGAUUGAGAUAUGGCAACUGUUAGUGCAAAACACAAGGGCGAAAGAUAUCAAGGCGGAUUUACGGAUUUUGAACAUCUUGGACAAUGAAUUUCCGGUGGACGCUACCUCACGCAAAAGGGUCGCAGAUGAAUCUAAUGCAGCUUCAUCUUUAAAUCAACCUAAAGAAGGUGACAUCGUUAUCGUGCUAACUACAUAAAUACGUGCGAAGCAAAAAAAAAAAGUAUUAAUAUUCGUAUGUUUCUUUAGAAAUCGACGUGUCUAAAUGACAAGGUUCCAUCUCGGCAGAACCAAAUA